AUGAUCAUUCAAUUAAAAAGGAGCAUUACAGAUUUAAAACUAGAAGAAUUAAAUUAUUUUGAAUUAAAUCAAUAAGAAUAAGAAAAAGCAGAUGAAUUAUAUUAAAAAGGUAAAUGAAAUAAAUAAUUAGGUUAUAACUUAUGCUUAAUCAUCAAUUAUCAAUAAUCUUCCAUUUGAAAGAUGAAUAUGAAGAAGCUAUUAAAUUAUUAGAUGAAGCAUUAAUCAAUGAUCCUAAACAUAUCAGCUCAUUGUAUAUAAGAGGUAAAUAAAUCAUACAAGAAGUAUUAGCUGAAGCUUUAAGUAAUUAUUAUGGCUCAAGAAUUAUAAUGAUGCUAUUAUAUGGGCAGAUAAAACUUUAUUUAUUGAUCAAAAGCAUGUGAACUCAUUAUAUACCAAAGGUAUAUAUAUGUAAAAAAAUGUAUUAGCUGACUGCUUAAAAAUGAUUGGUAAUUAUAAUGAUGCUAUUACAUGGGCUGGUAAAGCUUUGUUUAUUAAUUAGAAGCAUAUCAAUUCAUUAAGUAUAAAGGGUAAAAAAUAAAAUUAAAAUAUAUUAGCUGAAUCUUUAAGAAGGCUCAGGAAUUACAUGAUGCUAUCAUAUGGGCAGAUAAAGCUUUUUCUAUCGAUUCCACACAUAUCAACUCAUUAUUUACAAAAGGUAUAUAAAUCCUACAAAAAUGUAUUAGCUGAAUCUUUAAGAAGGCUUAGGAUUUAUAAUGAUGCUAUUAUAUGGGCUGAUAAAGCAUUGUCUAUUGAUUCAAAUCAUGUCAACUCAUCAUACUCAAAAGCUAUAAAAAUCAUACACGAUUGUAUUAGCUGACUCUUUAAAAAUGCUUGGAAAUUAUAAUGAUGCUAUUACUAUAGGCUGAUAAAGCUUUGUCAAUUGAUUCUAACAUGUCAACUCUUUGUGUACAAAAGGUAUGAAAAUCCCACAAAAAUGCAUUAG